UAAAGGGCGCCUGGGUGCGUGCGUGGGUGUUUGGGGGAGAAGAGUUUGAUGAAGAAGAGAAGAUCGGGGAUUAACGAACUAUGAAUUGAACUUUCUCAAUGGCUCAGAUUCCCAACCUAGACAAUGCUCCUGUCAAUCUCACAUCCAUUAGGGAGCAUUCGCAAAAAGAGCUCCUCAACAUCCUCAAGAAUGUUCGAGGAAAGAAGUGUUUAGUCAUUGAUCCGAAGCUCGGAGACUCUCUCUCGCUUAUCAUACAGACAUCCAUUCUCAAGGAGCAUGGAGUUGAAUUGCGGCAUCUUUCCGGGGACCCAAUUCAAACUGACUGCAGCAAAGUAGUUUACAUUGUGCAUGCUCAGCCCAAGUUGAUGAGAUUCAUAUGUUCUAAUAUUCAUAAUGAUGUAUCGAAAGGACUGCAAAGAGAAUAUCAUGUUUAUUUUGUCCCUCGCCGCACUGUUGUUUGUGAGAAAGUUCUUGAGGAAGAGAAAUUACAUAACAUGGUUACAAUAGGGGAAUAUCCCUUGUAUAGUGUACCAAUGGAUGAGGAUGUAUUAUCAUUUGAACUUGAUCUCUCUUACAAAGAAUGCCAAGUUGAUGGUGAUACAAGCUCACUUUGGCACAUUGCUAAAGCCAUUCACAAACUUGAGUUUUCUUUUGGAGUGAUACCAAAUGUGAGGGCAAAAGGAAAAGCAUCUGUGCGUGUUGCAGACAUCCUAAACCGAAUGCAAGCUGAGGAACCAGUUAACUCAUCUGAUAUGGUUGUGCCAGAGAUAAAUACAGUAAUCCUUUUAGAUAGAGAGGUGGACAUGGUUACUCCUUUGUGUUCCCAAUUAACAUAUGAGGGGCUACUUGACGAGUUUCUGCACAUCAACAAUGGUUCUGUAGAGCUUGAUGCAUCUAUUAUGGGUCUUCAGCAAGAAGGGAAGAAAACUAAAGUUCCACUUAAUUCAAGUGACAAGCUUUUUAAGGAGAUACGAGAUCUCAACUUUGAAGUUGUUGUCCAGAUUUUGCGCCAAAAAGCUACUUCCAUGAAGCAAGACUACACAGAAAUGACAACUACUACGCAGACAGUUUCCGAGUUGAAGGACUUUGUGAAAAAGCUGAACUCAUUGCCAGAGAUGACCAGGCACAUAAAUCUUGCUCAGCAUCUAUCAACAUUCACAUCAAAGCCUUCAUUUCUUGGGCAACUUGAUAUGGAACAUACAAUUGUAGAGGCCCAGAGUUAUGAUAUAUGCUUUGAGUAUAUUGAAGAACUGAUCCAUAAGCAGGAGCCUUUGACAACAGUCUUACGCCUUCUAAUCCUAUUUUCGAUUACUAAUUCUGGGUUGCCAAAGAAGCAUUUUGACUACUUCAGGAGAGAACUACUCCACAGCUAUGGAUUUGAGCACAUAGCAAUGCUAAACAAUUUAGAGAAAGCUGGACUUUUUAAAAAGCAGGAGUCAAAAAGCAAUUGGCUUACUAUAAAACGUGCUCUACAGCUUGUGGUUGAAGACACUGAUACGGCCAACCCCAAUGAUAUUGCUUAUGUCUUCUCUGGAUAUGCACCACUCAGCAUUCGACUGGUCCAGCAUGCCAUUCGAUCUGGAUGGCGUCCUGUUGAAGAAAUUUUGAAGCUACUGCCUGGACCUCAUUUGGAAAUGAAGAGGGGUGGAUUCUCAAAUAGCCCAUCAUUUGACACUUUAUCAGGGAUUCAAUCCAGCAUAGCCAAAGUACCUGAUGGAAGGCGUGCUGUGGUGCUUGUUGUCUUUGUUGGGGGCGUUACCUUUGCAGAGAUUUCUGCACUUCGAUUUUUAUGUACUCAGGAGGGAAUGGCAUAUGAUUUGAUUAUUGCAACAACAAAAAUAGUCAAUGGCCAAACCUUGGUUGAAACGUUUAUGGAAAAGCUAGGUUGAUUAAUGAGUGUAGCUUUGUCAGUUUAUCAUCCCGAGUAUCUUUGUUUGUUUGUGGUGGUGAGUUUAUCUUGAUGAUGCCUUACCAAUGCUAUGCCUAACGAGUUCUCUUUGGACGACACUGAACUGAUGGUUUGAUGAAAGCUUUAUUUGUGCUAUAAAAUCCUCCUGUAUUGUUUUUCUUAGAGGGACAAUGGGGGGAGGGUGGGACCUAGUCCUUUGAGGGGACUGUCUGGAAUUAAUAGUAUGAGUGCUAUUUUUCUAUGUGCUCUAUUUCAUUGUGUUAUUCUUGAUUUUAGUCCAAGAGAUGAAUGAAUGAUGCUAGAAAUUCUCAAAGCUAGAAAUGGUGAAGAGAUGAAUGAUGCUAAUGUUAAAGCAAAGAAUGUUGAUCCUUCAUGAGUUAAUGCAAGAAGAUAUUAAUGUGUAAAAAAUUCUCUUCUACACUUUCAAUAAUUGUAUAGGUCUAUUUGAUAACA